AUGUCUCGAGGGUACACAGCAAGCAAGGGGGUAUGUGUGUUCAUAAACCCUCAAGAUCAUUACACACGAGGGAGGCGACACCGCUAUCUUACCCUCCUCCUGCUGGUGAUCCUCUGCCGGCUGGACUGCAUCCAAAGUGACCCGGCCCAGCAGCCUCAGGGGACGGUCAACACGGACGCUUCCCUCCAUCCCGUCGCCGGCGAGUGUUCAAAACCUGAGGACCAAGCAGGAAGGCCUCGGAAACUUAUCCUAGAGCUCGCAGGCACAGAGCAAGAACACGAUGAGAGAAGAGAGAGAGCUGUGAGCCGAAGCUUCUCCUCCCUCAGUUUUACCAACUUGGAGUCUGCUCUGCUGUCCCUCGCCUUCCUCACCUUCGCCGUGUUCCUGGUGGGCCUAGUGCAGGACCUGCUUAAUGGUUCAUCCACAACCACUAACGGGAGGAAGAGAUCACAGAGCGCAGCCUCAGGAUUACUAAAACUGCUUUCUGAGGACAGCGACGACAAAGACGACCGAAUGGCUGACCUCAUAGUCCUCACGCUCUCCUCCAUCGACACGCUGUCCUACGGGAGGGAGAACCCCGACUGUGGGAGGAAAUUCUUGUGCCACCUCAAUCGAUCCGGCUGGCACGACGGACUGCUAGGGACGGCUUCUAACUACCUCGUCAGCUUGGUCUUCAGCCUCGUCUCACCUUCCGGCUUCCAGGAGAACUUGGACGCUGCCAUGUUCGGGCGCGAGAAACAGGACUGCACCUUCCGCUACCCCUCCUGCCCCUCCGUCAUCGGCGAGCUUCUCCCCAGCUUGUAAUGACGGGUCCAAAGUCUAUAUACACCAAGUCAAGUCACGCGCAGGUUUGUGGGAGGAGACACGGCCGAGGCGUGGUUUAUGCGUGACGUUGCUUGGAGCCAAACUAGAGAAUGUAGAAACAGGGAUUUAGAGAAAACGAGGAAAGGCGUACUAAUUUAAAUCAAUCGCUUCAACAUGCCCUCCCUCACACCCCACACCGCCGUUUGUAGGCAUUGGAAUUACAGUCACGCAAUAGCACAAUAAAGACAUAUUUUUUCGUCAGUGGCUUGCCUGAACGCGCUGUGAAAGAAGGCGAGAAUGCACAUCCAGAGUGCACACACGGCCCCAACUUUAGUCACCCCUGAACUGCCGGGUAUUUUUUUGGCUCCAUGUGACGUCAUCCCGCUACUCCGCCCCAAAACCGCCUCCUGCGCGUACCGGUCGCAGUUUUGAAGCAGAGUGACUUGACUUGGUAUAUAUAGACUUAGGGAAAUAGUUGAUGUUAGAGGUGUGAGCGUCCGAGAGUAGGCUACCGACCCCUGUAUGUUAAAGUUAGGGACAAAGAGGUGACCAUCGGCAAAAUAGUGCUGGUUCUUGAUGGACUUAGAAAUUCAGAGUGUUUCGGAUAGGACUCGAAUCUAGUCCACGCUAGGCCCUCGGGCUCACCAUGCCGGCACGCUAUCCACUCAGCCACCGUCUGCUGGUCGAUGAAAGCAGUCUUUUUUACACACUCAGUCAUGCUGGGAAAGGGGCAAGAGAGGUUUUAGUAGUUUAGUAUAUUGAGUUUAGUAUCUGAAAUCUCACUUUUUUUUCUUGUUGUCUACGAUGCCAGAUGGUUGUGCCCAGUCUCUUAUGUUUGCCGAUUUCCAACCCAAAACUGUCUCCUCCACCUAAAUAACUGGUUUCAUAUGUAGUUAUCGUUAAAAUGGUUAAUUAUUGGUAGUCCUUGGCAAUAGUUAUGAUCUGGCAACGGUGUGACAGCAAAGUUGCCAGAUUGUCGUACUCAACCUCUUACCGACUUCCGACCCAAAAACUAUCUCGUGGACCCCAAUAACGAGAUUCACUUAUAAUUAUCGUUAAACUAGAUGAUUCCUGAUGUUUCUUGGCAAUAGUUAGGCGUCAGAAACCGGUAAAUACGAUGCUCUGAGUACGACAAUCUGGCAGUACCGUUGGUUGCCUAUAGCAAGGUUAGGUGCCUAGUGGAGGCCCCAAUCCGUUGGUGGCGCAGGCAAGCUUUAUUUUCAAUGACUGCCUUGGAUAACGACUUUUGCUUGGCUCUUGCUCCUCUUGAACAAAGUUUCUGAAGUAAGAGGUUGAUUGAAGAUAUGGACAGCAUGUGGGUGAUCUUCCGAGGGUUGAAAAUUGUCAGAAUCUUGCGGUGGGUGUCGAAUCUCUCAGGGCAAGUUCGACAGUCCAACACACCGUCAUUGUCAACGCAAAACCAAACAUAUCCACUACAAUGAUCCGCUAUUUUUACUCAA